CAGGGGGCGGAACAUGUCUCCCGCCGCAGGAAGAUGAGGCAGCGGCGGCGGCUGCGGGCGUAGCGGGCCGGAGCCGACGCGGCGGCGGGCACCGCGGGCACCGCGCACGCCGCUGCCCCAGGGACUCCCUGGCCGGCCGCACGCACGGGCCCCGCGGGACGGGACACGCGGGGGUGGGUGGGGCCCGGGACACGCGCGCCGCCGCCGCCGCCCACGCGCGACCCUCGGGGGCCCGGCCGCGACGCCCCUUUGUCCGGGGGGGGCCCCCGCUUCAUGCCGCCGCCCCCUGAGCGCCGCGUGCCCGGCCGCGCCCAGCAGGGAUUCCAGUCCUGAGGUGCCCACCCUGGCCCCAGGAGAAUGAACCAGCCGCAGAGAAUGGCGCCCGUGGGCACGGACAAGGAGCUCAGUGACCUUCUGGACUUCAGCAUGAUGUUCCCGCUGCCUGUCACCAACGGGAAGGGCCGGCCCGCCUCCCUGGCCGGCUCGCAGUUCGGAGCUUCAGGUCUUGAGGACCGGCCCAGCUCAGGCUCCUGGGGCAGCGGUGACCAGAACAGCUCCUCCUUUGACCCCAGCCGGACCUUCAGCGAGGGCGCCCACUUCACUGAGCCGCACAGCGGCCUCUCUUCGUCCACAUUCCUAGGACCGGGACUCGGAGGCAAGAGUGGCGAGCGGGGUGCCUAUGCCUCUUUCGGGAGAGAUACAGGCGUGGGCGGCCUGACUCAGGCUGGCUUCCUGCCGGGCGAGCUGGCCCUCAGCAGCCCUGGGCCCCUGUCCCCAUCCGGCAUGAAGGGGACCUCCCAGUACUACCCCUCCUACUCCAGCAGCUCCCGGCGGAGAGCGGCGGACGGUGGCCUGGGUGAGCGAGACACACAGCCCAAGAAGGUCCGGAAGGUCCCGCCGGGUCUUCCAUCCUCGGUGUACCCGCCCAGCUCAGGUGAGGACUACGGCAGGGACGCCGCCACCUACCCGUCCGCCAAGACCCCCAGCAGCGCCUAUCCCGCCCCCUUCUACAUGGCAGAUGGCAGCCUGCACCCCUCAGCCGAGCUCUGGAGUCCCCCGGGCCAGGCGGGCUUUGGGCCCAUGCUGGGCGGGGGCUCAUCGCCCCUGUCCCUCCCCGGCAGCAGCGCUGUGGCCAGCGGUGGAGCCAGCAGCACAUUUGGUGGCCUGCACCAGCACGAACGCAUGGGCUACCAGCUGCACGGAGCAGAGGUGAACGGCGGGCUCCCGGCUGCACCCACCUUCUCCUCAGCCCCCGGAGCCGCAUACGGUGGCGUCUCCAGCCACACGCCGCCUGUCACUGGGGCCGACGGCCUCCUGGGCUCCCGAGGGACCACAGCCGGCAGCUCUGGGGAUGCCCUCGGGAAGGCACUGGCCUCGAUCUACUCCCCAGAUCACUCAAGCAAUAACUUCUCGUCCAGCCCCUCUACCCCCGUGGGCUCCCCGCAGGGCCUGGCAGGGACGUCGCAGUGGCCCCGAGCAGGAGCCCCCGGUGCCUUAUCGCCCAGCUACGACGGGGGCCUCCAUGGCCUGCAGAGUAAGAUAGAAGACCACCUGGACGAGGCCAUCCAUGUGCUCCGCAGCCACGCCGUGGGCACGGCUGGCGACGUGCACGCACUGCUGCCUGGCCACGGGGCGCUGGCCUCGGGCUUCGUCGGUCCCAUGCCGCUGGGCGGCCGGCACGCAGGCCUGGCCGGAGCCGGACACCCCGAGGAUGGCCUUGCAGGCAGCGCCAGCCUCAUGCCCAACCCCGCAGCCCUCCCCAGCCAGCCAGGCGCCCUCCCCGACCUCUCCCGGCCUCCGGACACGUACAGCGGGCUAGGGCGAGCAGGUACCACAGCAGCUGCCGCCGGCGAAAUCAAGCGGGAGGAGAAGGAGGACGAGGAGAAUACCUCGGCAGCCGACCACUCGGAGGAGGAGAAGAAGGAGCUGAAGGCCCCGCGUGCCCGGACCAGCCCAGACGAGGACGAGGACGACCUUCUCCCCCCAGAGCAGAAGGCCGAGCGGGAGAAGGAGCGCCGGGUGGCCAAUAACGCCCGGGAGCGGCUGCGGGUCCGUGACAUCAACGAGGCCUUUAAGGAGCUGGGGCGCAUGUGCCAACUGCACCUCAACAGCGAGAAGCCCCAGACCAAACUGCUCAUCCUGCACCAGGCCGUCUCGGUCAUCCUGAACUUGGAGCAGCAAGUGCGAGAGCGGAACCUGAACCCCAAAGCCGCCUGUUUGAAACGGCGAGAAGAGGAGAAGGUGUCGGGUGUGGUUGGAGACCCCCAGAUGGUGCUUUCCGCGGCCCAUCCAGGCCUGAGCGAGACCCACAACCCCAGCGGGCACAUGUGAAAGGUACGCCUCCAUGGGACAAGCCACCCACCCUCAGUCCCGUGCGCUGGGCCCAGAACAGCCACCCGCAGCUGCGGGCCUCAUCCACACCCACACCUCACAUGCCUUCUGUCCGCAUGGAGCCGGCGCCGGCCUGACGCGUGUCGGAGUGAAGGGGGUGACAAAGGCCAGGUCCGGGAGUUCCUGGGACCCCAGCUCACCCCUCACUGGCUUCGAUCCCCCUGCCCCCAAAUCUCAGCCACCAUGUCACCCCAUCAUCUGCCCCAGGGAUCCUGAAACUGCGUCUUGGCCCGUUGCCUGGGCUGACAGGAACAUUUUUUUUUUUUGGCUGUAAAAACCCGAAAGUAAGCAACAAAACAUACUUUGUCAGAAAAGAAAAAAAUGCCUUAACUAUGAAAUGUGGAGAAAUGGAGACAUAUCACUCGAGGGAGAUGCUGUGGAAACCUGGCUUACGCUUCAGAAGCCACCAGCAAAUUGUGCCUACGCGUACUUUUUUUUUUUUAAGGAAAAUAAAAACAUUAGUUACAAGA